CCAGGGAGGAGGCGGGAGGAGGGACACCGCUGGGAGGCUGUCCCCUCCCAGUGCUCCUCUGGCUGGUGUUCCCAGGGGCCUUGGCCCGGGGAGGAUGGUGCACACAUGGGUGGCUGCUUCUGCAUCCCUUGGGAGCCGAGUCUGUCCUGGGGUCCAGGUAAAGAAACUUCUUCCAAGGAUCCAGCCAUAUCCACUGAGAUUAUUUCCUUAUCUGAAAACAAGGAAAAAUGUUUCCUGCCACAGAAUAUGACUCCAGAUCUGACGCUCUCCUUCAGUGUGAAGAGCCGCUCCAGGAGGUGUGUAAAUGGCCCCUUGCAAGAAGCAGCCAGGAGGCGGCUCUGGGCGCUGGAGAAUGAGGACCAGGAGGUGCGUGCAUUGUUUAAGGACCUCUCAGCUAGGUUGGUGUGUAUACAGUCCCAGAAGGCCCAGUUCCUCAUUACCUUCAAGACCAUGGAGGAAAUCUGGAAGUUCUCCACCUACCUGAACUUAGGCUACGUAUCCAUGUGUCUGGAGCAUCUCCUCUUUGAUCACAAGUACUGGCUUAACUGCCGACUGGUGGAGGAUACAGAGAUCCACGUGUCAGUAGAUGAUAAACACCUGGAAACAAUAUACCUGGGACUUCUGAUCCAGGAAGAGCUUUUCUCAUUCUCUGCAGGUCACUUCUUCUGCAGAGCCACGUGCUCCAUGGCUCAGCCAGCUGAGAAGGAAGGGGAGUAUUUGACACUUUGCAAGAAUGAGUUAAUCUCGGUGAAGACAGCUGAAGGCGAGUUCGAGUGGGAAGGCGUGUCCUUGGUGACGGGUCAGCGGGGCUUGGUGCCAGUGUCAGCCUUGGAACCCCUGCCUCUCCCUUUCCACCAAUGGUUCCUAAAGAAUUAUCCAGGAAGCUGUGGCCUUUCCAGGAAGAGGGAUUGGACAGGCUCCUAUCAGAUCGGUAGAGGAAAAUGUAAGGCCUGGAAAGAAUAUGAGAGGGAAGAAAAGGAUGAACUGAAUUUCCACCAGGGAGAAAGCAUUGAGAUCAUCGGCUUUGUCAUUCCUGGGCUUCAGUGGUUCAUUGGGAAGUCAGCGCUCUCAGGAGAAGUGGGCUUUGUCCCCACCAGGAACAUAGAUCCUGAUUCUUAUUCCCCAAUGAGCAAGAACUCCACCUUUUUCAGUGAUGAGGAAAGAUGCUCUCUGGGGGUCCCGGGAAGUGACAGGAAAGCUGAGUGUGCCAGCUUCCUCCACACGCUUGCUCAGACUGACAUAACAUCUGUCUACCGGCUUAGUGGGUUUGAAUCCAUCCAGAGCCUUCCAAACGAUCUGAGCGCGUCCCAGCCCGAAGGCUUCAAGGAGACCCGGCCUGGUGGAGCCUGGGAGGAGCAUCAGGCCGUGGGCUCCAGACAGUCCAGCAGCUCCGAGGACUCCAGCCUGGAGGAGGAGCUCCUUUCAGCCGCCUCAGACACCUACCACCUGCCAGAGCCUGAUGACCUCGAUGACCCAGAGCUGCUCAUGGACCUGAACACCGGUCAGGAGGAGGAGGAGGCUGAGAACUUCACCCCCAUAUUGGCUUUUCUGGAUCACGAGGGUUAUGCUGACCACUUUAAGAGCCUCUAUGAUUUUUCCUUCUCUUUCCUCACGACUUCCUUCUACAGCUACUCUGAGGAGGAUGAGCUCGUGGCCUACCUGGAGGCCUCGAGGAAGUGGGCCAAGCGGAGCCACAUGACCUGGGCCCAUGCCCGGCUCUGCUUCCUCCUGGGCCGGCUAAGUGUUAGGAAGGUCAAACUCUCUCAGGCCAGGGUGUACUUUGAGGAGGCCAUCCACAUUCUCAACGGGGCAUUUAAGGACCUAUCCUUGGCGGCUGCCCUGUACAUCAAUUUGGCGGCCAUCUACCUGAGGCAGAGGCUGAGGCAUAAAGGCUCGGGCCUGUUGGAAAAGGCAGGUGCCAUGUUGGUCUGCCUGCCUGACCGGGAGUAUAGUGCCAAGAGUGAGCUGGAUGUGGUGGCCUAUGUGCUGAGACAGGGCAUCGUGUCGGGCAGCUGCCCCCUGGAGGCCAGAGCCUGCUUCCUGGCCGUCCGAUUGCUCCUAAUCCUCGGCCGGCACGAUGAGGUCCUGCCCUUCGCUGAGCGCCUGCAGCUCCUCGCUGGACACCCUCCCACCUUGGAUGCUGCAGCCACUAUCUUGAGUUUUCUCUAUGACAAGAAAUACCUGCCACACCUUGCGGUGGCUUCUGUCCGGCAACGUGGUACUCAGAGCACCCCAGCGAUGGCCCUUCCAAUUUGGCAGGUCCACCUGGUCCUCCAGAACACCACCAAGCUCCUUGGCAUCCCCUCCCCAAGCUGGGGUGAAGUCUCUGCCCUGGCGUGCCCAGCACUCAGGCAGGCACUGGGUGCCUGUGAGGAGCAGGUGGAUCAGAGCACCCAGAGGACCCUGUGUCUCAUCCUGUCCAAAGUGUACCUCCAACAUAGGUCUCCUGAUGGUGCCAUCCACUACCUGAGCCAAGCCUUGAUGCUAGGCCAGCUGCUGAGUGAGCAGGAAGCUUUUGAGUCUUCCCUCUGCUUGGCAUGGGCCUAUCUCUUAGCCAGCCAGGCAAAGAAGGCUUUGGACAUCCUUGAGCCACUCUUAUACUCCCUGAAGGAGACAGAGAGUGUUACCCGAAAGGGAGUGGUCCAUAACCUCCUGGGACUCGCACUUCAAGGUGAAGGCCGGGUGAACAGGGCAGCCAACAGCUAUCUUUGGGCCUUGAACAGAGCUCAGGAGGCAAGGGAUGUGCGCAACCAGGCGGUGGCUUUGGCCAAUCUUGGCCAUCUGACCCUUAAAUCCUGGACUCAGCAGCCAGCCAGGGACUAUCUUCUGCAGGCGGUGCAGCUCUAUUCUAAACUCCAGGCCAGCAUGGAGACAGACAUGGAAUUAGUACAGGUGCUUCUCUGGUUGGCCCAAGUUGAGGUGUACCGACGCCAGCUGGCCAGUGGCCGCUUUUGUUACGAAAUGGCAUUGCUGUUUGGAUUAAGGCAUCAACACCUGAAGAGUGAGUAUAUCCCGUGCUGCUGGGAUGCUUUAGAGAUAAGUGUUAGAAGACACUUUUUCCUUUGUCCUAUCUCCAGUCAUCUCAUCCGUGUUCCUGCUUUACGUUCAGGUCAGCUUCAGGUCACCAAAACCCUCUGCCAUUUCUACAGCUCUGUGUCCCCAAGCCCCGAGGCAUGUAUCACCUACCACGAGCACUGGCUGGCCCUGGCUCAGCAACUCAGGGACCGGGAGAUGGAGGGGAGGCUGCUGGAGUCCCUUGGGCAGCUCUAUCGGAACCUAAAUACGGCCAGGUCCCUUAGGAGGUCCCUCACCUGCAUCAAGGAGAGCCUGCGUAUCUUCGUUGACCUGGGGGAGAGAGACAAGGCUGCCGAGGCCUGGCUUGGGGCUGGGCGACUCCACUACCUCAUGCAGGAAGACGAGCUGGUGGAGCUGUACCUGCAGGCAGCCAUCCAGAAAGCCCUGAAGUCAGAGGAGCCCUCCCUGGCUCUCAGGCUCUACGAGGAAGCAGGUGAUGUGUUCUUCAAUGGGACCCGCCACAGGCAUCGUGCGGUGGAGUAUUACCGAGCUGGGGCUGUUCCCUUAGCAAGGAGGAUGAAGGCAGUGAAAACCGAGCUCCGGAUUUUCAACAAGCUGACAGAGCUGCAGAUCAGCCUGGAAGGCUAUGAGAAGGCUUUGGAAUUUGCCACCUUGGCGGCCAGACUCAGCACAGUCGCAGUCUUCCAAUUUCUAGGAGAUCAGAGGCAGGAGCUGGUGGCCUUCCACCGUCUGGCGACUGUGUACUAUUCCCUGCACAUGUACGAGAUGGCUGAGGACUGCUACCUGAAGACUCUGUCGCUCUGUCCACCCUGGUUGCAGAGCCCCAAGGAGGCCUUAUACUAUGCCAAGGUGUAUUAUCGCCUGGGCCAACUCACCUUCUACCAGCUGAAGGAUGCCCACGAUGCCACUGAAUACUUCCGGCUGGCCCUGGCUGCAGCAGUCCUGCUGGGUGACGAGGAGCUGCAGGACAUCAUUAGGACCAGGCUGGACCACAUCUGCCAGAGCCCCCUCUGGCAUAGCAGCCCCUCUGGGCGCUCCUCAGAGAGGGCACGGUGGCUGAGUGGCGGGGGCCUGGCCCUCUGAGGACAGCUGUCCCAUCUCUGACCAGUUGCAUGGUCAGAAGCUACCUCUCUGCUCUAGGCUGUUAAUCUGGGGGCGGGGUUCAAGUCAUCACCUGGCCCAGCCUCUCAUCUCAGAAUGGGAAGAGCAUAGUCCAGAGGGAGAGGGCUCAUUCCAGGUCACACAAGGCAUGGACGGUGGAGCAGGGAUUAGGGGUCCUGGCUUUGUGUCUAGAACCUAUCCAGUAGACUGUGGCCCUUCCACACAUACAGACCAUGAAAUGCACUUUCUAGACACACAGUUCUAGAGAAAAUGAGACCCCUGCCCCUAGAAAAGCUGUCUCCUUCCCUCAGGAAAGAAAUCAGGCAUUGCACUGGAGAGAAGACCAGCCCAUUGGACUUUGUUCCCUUCACUGACUUUUCUCAGGGAAAGACCCCUCCCCUUGCCAGCAGAGAAACUAGUCAAUUGUUUUUUUUCUCUAUUCAACCGAGAGGGGGUGCCACUCCUCCUGUCACGGGGACUGGCAGGAGGGAAUUCACCAUGCUAUUAGCUCAAAAGACACAGCCUCAGAAUGGCCAGGUGGAACGCACGGGAGGUGAGGUCUGAUGUGGAGGCACCAUCUCCAUCCUGCCCCAAGGCUCUGCUCCCUCAUAACCUCCCAUAAACCCAGGAGAAGGCUCCGAAGCGUCAAAGCCUAAAAUUGAGCACUAAGGAAGUUAUGACGUAAAUUACAUGUAAAUAGUGUAUAUUAUUAAAUAUUGCUCAUUUACAUUUAUUCACACAUUUGUCUCCUUAAUAAGAGGGAAGAUGAAAACUAGUUAUUUUUCCAUAUUUUAUUAAUUAUCUAUGAGUCACUAGGUCCGGCCCACACAGAUAGCGAGGGCAUUACCAAGGGUGUGGAUGCCAGGAGGUGGGGAGAAGCUGCCUACCACAGUAUAUGAGUCCCUUGAUGACGGAAUCAGGAAUUUGCUAAGGCAGUGAGCUCCAAGUAUGGUCCACUGACUGGCUGGGCCAGCAACAUCAGCGUCACCUCUGAGAUUGUUUGAAAUGCGAAUUUCAGGCUCCACCUAAGACCCCUGAAGCACAGUCUCUGGGGCCAAGGAUCCCUGGCUUUACCCUGUUUUCCAGGUGAUUCUAAUGCACACUGAAGCACAAGAAGCACUCCUCUGGAACCAUGGUUCUCAGAGAAUGUGAAAAAGAAUCACCUGGGGAACUUGCAGAAAAUGAACUUUCUGGUUACCCCAGUAAUUCUGAUUCAGUAGGCCUGGGAGACACCCCAGGAACAUGCAUUAUUAACGAGCAUCUCGAAUGACCCUGAUGCUGGUGGUUCACUCUUGCUCGGAAAUGUGGACACAUGUAAGAGCUAGCUAUAGGGAUCGCCAUCUGACCCCCAACAGCUUAGAUUUACUGUUAAGACCCUCUGCCUUUACUUUCUAUCUCCUUGGAGCAACCAGAUGAUUGGUGGUGUGGUGGGGUGGGAUGGGGGUGGUGAGUUGAGUCAAUAGUGCACCUUCUAGUCACCAAUGCUGUGUACAUACUGGUACAUCUUAUUUUCUCUUAGGAGCUUGGUUGGUUGGUAGAAUGCUCUCUACUCUAGAGUAUUCUUCACCAGAAAGGAAAUGAAGUACCUUAGCCCACUACCACGUAAGAUAGAUGUGGUUUUGCUCCCACCACAAACCAUAAAAUCCCCAAGGGAGGGAUGUUGAAGAUGAGUCUAACCUCCCAUGCAGAGUCCUUUCAACAACAUUCCUGGGAGACCGACGGGGCACAUGCAUGCCAGAAUGGUUAACAAAUCUCGUGCUUGCAGAAGGCUUGCUUGGCUCUGGGACCCAUGCCAUGAACUAUUCCCCAUUUGUCUCAGGUUACAGACCCUCUCCCUUUUCCUGACUGACUUAUUACUCUCCUCUGGCCAGAUGCCAAUUUCUGUCCCUCUGAUAGUGUGGUUCCUAUAACUGGUAUUGGCUGGUGGGUGGAGAGUAAAGAGGGUCAUUACCAUACUUAAUGUGAUUUAAUGUUUUAUUUUUACAUUAAGAUUUUUCUUCUCCCCAUCAGCUACAUCUUACCGUUGGCUCACAUUGAGCUUAUCAUUUGAAGUCUCUUCUCACAUGAGUUUCUGUUUGGC